GCACAGCCUGACCCCGAAGCUCAAACGUAGCUGAGACCUAGCUGGAGAAGCACACCGGUUCCAGGAAGAAAACAAAGGAAGGGAGGCCUCUCCCCACCCAUUCACACGGGCGGUUCCAGACGAGUUUGCUGGAACUGCUGCCAACACAGGGCUUGAGCGAGCUGAGCAACCCCAUGAGCUCCCAGGGAGCAAGAAAUCUGGAGGAAUAUGCGAUGGGCGCAAGAUAACAUCUUCCUCCUAGAAAUUCUGUUUUGCAACACACCCCGAGUGGGAUUUUGGCGCUUCUGAGGAAACUCCUUUAGUGACCCCAAAAUGAGCAAAUCCAGCGACAACACCAAACCAUGAAGCCUGAAGAGGAAGAAAUGCUUCUUAGUUGGUCACAUGUCUUAAGAGCUCAGAGCGAUCAUCUUGAAGUUUUGAAACUUCCCAAGAAAGAAUUUCCUUAUUUUACAGAAAAUCUGAGUACAGAAAGAUGAGCAACGGGAGCGUGGACCAAGAGCUUCUUGCGGCGAAGUCACAUGGAAAGACCAUUUCUUCCAAAAUGAGCAUCGGACGACGCGGGAAGAGGUAUUCUUUGUAACGGGAACUCUGAAGUCUGGGGCUGACAAGAUGGGCUUAGAGAACCCCUUGCCUCCUCAGCAGCUCUGCCUCAUUUUCAUUGCACUGUCUCUGCUGUCUUUGGCAGAGACAUAUGGAUUCAGUAAAUGUACACAGUAUGAAUUGGAUAUUCGCCAUGUUUUCUGCAUUCGGAAGAAGAUCGUCAACUUGACAGAGGCCAUUUCUGACAUCCCGGGAUACACUACUCACCUCAACCUCACACAAAACCAAAUUCAAACCCUUCCUUCCUACGGCUUUACUAAUCUGUCCGCUCUGGUGGACUUGCGACUGGAGUGGAACGCCAUUUGGAAGAUUGAGAAGAGGGCCUUUUGGGGACUUGAAAAUCUGACCCUUCUGAACCUGAUAGAAAAUAAUAUUCGCAGUGUGAACGACUCCUUUGAGGGCCUGUCCAACUUGGAGACUUUGCUCCUGAGCCAUAAUCGAAUCACCAACAUUCACAAACAUGCCUUUGCCCCUCUUUUCAACCUGAAACACUUAAGCUUGUCUAGAAACCAUAUUAGCAAUUUUUCAAAUGUUCUCGAAGCGGUGCAGCGUCUCCCGCGCCUGGAAUACCUGGAUCUCACCCUCAACAACAUCAGCAUCUUGGACCACAGCCCCAGGUUGUUGGCCUCCCUGACCCAGCUGAGCCUGCAGGGGAACAAACUAACAGAAUUAAAUUUCUCUGCUUUGUCACUGCCUAAUGUGACCACUCUGGAUGUCUCUCAGAAUAACCUGGCAGACGUCCGGCAUGUGGCUCUGGAAACUCUGCCCCAGCUGAGGAGCUUGAAUCUCAGUGGGACAUCCAUGAGCCUGGAGAUGCUUCCAGCCAAACACCUACAGAAUCUAAGCGAAAUAGACCUUAGUGACCAGGUGUUUCGAGGCAGCCACUUAAUAAACGUCAACCGUGUGUGUCAUUUCCUCAGAAGCCUGCCCAUGUUAGAGGCUUUGGUCUUUAGGGAAAAGGCCACGGAGGCAGGGGACAUAAAGCAUCUCGCCAACUGUACCAGGCUUUUGUCCCUUGACCUGAGACAAAACUAUAAUCUGGUUCACCUCAAUGACAGUGAGUUCAAUGGCAUGCCCAGCCUCCAAAGGCUGCAACUAGACAGGUGCCAACUUGCCUUUGUCACCAACCAGACCUGGAGUGGCCUCCAGAACUUGACGACCCUACAUCUGAGUUACAACAAGUUUAAAGGAUUUCCAGAUUUUGCCUUUUCACCCUUGAGGUCCCUACAAUUUCUUUUCCUCUCUAAAAAUCCCAUCACGGAACUCAGUGCUAGGGCCUUCUAUGGGCUGUAUUCUCUGAAGGAGCUCAACGUGGCUGGAUGCUGGAUAGUGCAAAUCGACAGAUACUCCUUUGCUCAGUUUCCAAAUUUGGAGAUUUUAGACCUUGGAUACAACAAUCUUCGAACUCUGAAAUCCAAAACCUUUUAUUUUCUGAAGAAACUGAAAGUUCUGAUUCUCUCCCAGAACCGCCUGAAUAGUAUAGAGAAGAAUGCCUUCUCUGGCCUUACCUACCUUACUCAACUUGACCUGGCAUACAAUAUCUUGUCAAGCUUCACUGCAAGUAUUUUCUUGGGCCUUGAAAAUCUAGAAGUUUUGAAUCUCAGUUUUAAUAAAAUCACCUACGAAACCACCAGGACCUUGAGCUCUCCCCCAUUUAUGAACCUCAAGUCUCUGAAACAACUCAACCUGGAAGGACAAAUGCAUGGGGUUCAGGUCGUUCCCACCAACCUCUUCCAAGGGCUGCACGCCUUGGAGGAGCUACUCCUAGGCAAGAAUGCCAUGGUAUUCUUGGACCAUCACCAGUUGGACUGCCUGACUAAUCUCACAAAGCUGGAUAUCUCCGGAACAAAAUCUGGAGCCCGGAGUCUCUAUUUAAACAUUUCCUUAUUCCAAAAACUCAAAAGACUACAGAUGCUGCGCCUGGAAAACAACAACAUCGAGUCACUGACUCCCGGCAUGUUCUCUGGCUUAGAAAGCCUUCAGGUCUUCUCUUUACGAUUCAACAACCUGCAAGUCGUUAAUCAGAGUCAUCUGGCGAACUUGACGUCUCUGAGAUACUUUGACCUCUAUGGGAACAAAUUGCAAUGCAACUGUGACAACGUGUGGCUCAAGAACUGGUCCAUAAACACAGCGGAUGUCCAUAUCCCUUACCUCCGGAGCUACCCGUGUCAGCAGCCAGAUACCCAGAGCUUGUUGGUAGACUUUGACGAUGCUAUGUGCAAUUUUGACUUGGCGAAGGUUUGCUUCUUCAGCUCCUUCAGUCUGGUCCUCGCGACAAUGGUCUUCUCUUGGUCUGGUGCCAAGAUCACUUCAUCUCUAUGGUAUGGGCUCUACAUAUUUCAAGCCUGGUACCUGGCCAAGUGGCAUAGGACAAAGAAGGAAUUCCUCUAUGAUGCCUUUGUCUCCUUCACUGCCACCGAUGAGCAGUGGGUAUAUGAAGAGCUGGUUCCAGCCCUUGAAAAAGAUGGCCAGCCCACCUUUAAGCUCUGUCUUCACCACCGGGACUUUGAACCUGGGAUAGACAUCUUUGAGAACAUUCAGAACGCCAUCAACACCAGCAGGAAGACGCUGUGUGUGGUCAGUAACCACUACCUGCACAGUGAAUGGUGCCGCCUCGAAGUGCAGCUGGCCAGCAUCAAGAUGUUCUAUGAGCACCAGGACGUCAUCAUCCUGAUCUUCCUGGAAGAGAUCCCAAACUAUAAGUUAUCCAGCUACCACCGACUCAGGAAGCUUGUCAACAGGCAGACGUUUAUCACCUGGCCAGACUGUGUCCACGAGAGGCCGCUCUUCUGGGCUCGUAUUAGAAAUGCGCUGGGCAACAAGACCGUGGAGAAGGACAAUGCGCAGCUAAUUGUGGUUGAGUGACUGGAAGUCUUGGUGACCGCAAGUGCAAUGUUGUCCAAGGUGUGCAGAGGCUAAGGGUGUGACUGAGUGUUCGUGUUCUGCAGGGAAAAGGAUGUGAGCUGCUUAUGGCCAUCAGACCCGAGACCAUGUGGUUAAUGUCCUUUUGAAGGGGGAGACGGCAUAGGAAGAACUCUGAGACUGCAAUACUGUCACUGGCCAGCAUUUAGCACCCUGGUUGCCAGGAAACACCCUUUACCAAUUAGGUGGAAUAAAUAGUAAACCGAGGCAGGGAGGAGGAAGGAGACAAGUCUCACACGCUAACUCAGCAGUCCUGAGCCUGGUCUGAUAAUAUUGCCAGGUGUUCCAACGUCACAAGAAACACUGUUAGCAAGAAAGAGGGAAAGUCCUUGCAAUUCUAUGUAGCAUUUCCACUCUCUGGGAAAGAAAGCCUUGAAACUGUGCUUUCAUCCCAAGCCCUGAAUGUGGGAGAGGGUCCCCAGUGCCCGAAGAAAAAGCCCAUAAAACAACUUUGGUUAAUUGCCUACCUCUGGUCACUAUCUGUUUUACGAGGGAGUCCCUGAUGCUUGCAGAAAGAGCCCAUCAAUAACUUUGGGAAGUGCCCCAAUUUUAACUGUCAGGUAUUUGUUUUACAACAAGAUGACCAAGUGGAGCAAGAUAAGGAUUUGGGCGGACAGACCCCCAUUCAUCCCUAAAUUUGGGUAGUCACAUUUUCCCAG